AUGCCAGAGGUCCGCGUUAGGAGCGACAAGGUGCGGUACACGCCCGACGCGAUCGAGACCCAGUAUGACUACACGACGACGCGCGUGAGCUGCGACGCGAAGGGCGUAGUGGAGGUGGUGCCAGUGAUACACCGACUGAUGUUUCGCACAGAGCGCAAGGUGCCGCGCGUGGGUGUGAUGCUGGUUGGCUGGUGCGGCAACAACGGCACAACGGUGACGGCCGGCAUACUGGCCAACAAGAUGGGCCUGUCGUGGCGCACGCGGCGCGGUAUGCAGUCGUCCAACUACUUUGGCUCCAUCACGCAGUCCAGCACCAUCAACCUUGGCAUGACGCGUGACAUGCACGAGACCUUUGUGCCCCUCAAGGACUUGGUGCCGAUGGUGUCGCCCAACGAUUUCGUGAUCGGCGGGUGGGACUGCAACAGCAUGAACCUCGGCGACGCGAUGCGGCGCGCCGGCGUGCUGGAGGUGCAGUUACAGGACGCGCUGUACGAGCACAUGAAGGAGCUGCGCCCGCUGCCGGCCAUCUUUGAUAUUGAAUUCGUCGCGGCGAACCAGAAGGAGCGAGCGAACAACGUGCUGGUCGUGCGGGAUCGCUGGGCCGCAGUGGAGCAUGUGCGCAACGAUAUCCGUCAGUUCAAGGCAGCGAACCAUCUGGACAAGGUGCUGGUGCUGUGGACUGCCAAUACGGAGCGCUUCAGCGAGUACCGAGACGGCAUCCACGACACCGCCGACAACCUGCUGGCGGCGGUGAAGCGUAAUGAGACGGAGGUGGCGCCGUCCGCACUGUACGCAAUUGCGGCAAUUCUGGAGAAGUGCAGCUUCAUCAACGGCGCGCCGCAGAACACGCUGUGCCCUGGGGUGGUGGAGAUGGCGCGCACGGCGAAUGUCUUCGUUGGCGGUGACGACUUCAAGAGUGGGCAGACGAAGUUGAAGAGCGCGCUGAUCGAGUUUUUUGUCGGCGCCGGCAUCAAGCCCGAGUGCAUCGCCAGCUACAACCACCUCGGCAACAACGACGGCUACAACCUGUCCAGUCCCAAGCAGUUUUCCUCGAAAGAGAUUACCAAGAGCAACGUAGUGGACGACAUGAUCAGGUCCAACUCGGUCCUCUUUCCCAAGGGCACGCCGAAGCCGGACCACUGCAUCGUCAUCAAGUACCUACCCUACGUUGGCGACAGCAAGCGGGCCAUGGACGAGUACACUUUCUCCAUCUUCAUGGGUGGCCAGCAGACAGUUGUGCUGCACAACACCUGCGAGGACUCGCUGCUCGCAGCGCCGCUCAUCAUUGACCUUCUCGUGCUCACCGAGCUCAUGGAGCGCGUCACGAUCAGCGCCAGCGACGGGCUGCAGUCGCCGCCGCCGGCGUCCUUCGAGCACAUGGAGACGGUGCUGUCUAUCCUUUCUUACCUACUCAAGGCGCCCGCCGUGCCCGAUGGCACGCCGGUCGUCAACGCCCUUAAUCGUCAGAAGGCGGCCAUCGAGAACGUACUCCGCGCCAUGAUCGGACUACCGGCGGAGAGCAACAUGCUACUCGAGUGUCGCGUUCCAUUCAUACGCGAGGAGCACGUCAACGGCGAGUGA